UUCAAAUUAAGAACUAGCUUAUAAAACAACAGGAACUCUUUUUUUUGCUGUGGAGUUCCUUAGAGCGAACAGCUUUUUCACAAGGAAAACCAACCGGUUGCUGCCAUGGCAGGGAAGCCCGUCCUUUACUAUUUCGAUGGCCGGGGCAGAAUGGAGUCUAUCCGGUGGCUCUUGGCUGCAGCUGGAGUAGAGUUUGAAGAAAAGUUUCUGAAAACUCGGGAUGAUCUGGAAAGGUUAAGAAAUGGUAAGAACAAAGAUCUGAAUGUCCCCGAGAGGGUUUCUGGUUACCAUGUGAAUCUAUAUACCGUCAGGCUGAUUGUGGCUCAUAGAGUCAGCAUUGAUAUGUAUACUGAAGGUCUGAUGGAUCUGGAUGAACUGGUUCUCCAUCAACCUUACCUUCCCAAAGAGGAGAAAGAGGGAAACCUUGCCAAGAUUAAGGACAAGGCAAGGAACCGUUACUUCCCUGCCUAUGAGAAGCUCUACCAUGUGGAAGAGCUGGACCCCAGUGCUUUGGACAACUUCCCUCUGUUGAAGGCACUGAGAACCAGAGUCAGCAACCUCCCUACAGUGAAGAAGUUUCUUCAGCCUGGUAGCCAGAGGAAGCCUUUGGAGGAUGAGAAAUGCGUAGAAUCAGUAAUGAAGGCUUUCACUUAAAUCAGGCAAACACGGCUGUGUAACAGUCCCAAGGCCAACCUUCUAAAGCUUUGCAACAAUGAAGUGUUUGGAUUACAUGUUGAUCCUACUUAUUGUCAGGUUUUCUGACGUUUGUGCAUUUUGCUUUGAUUGUAAACAAAAUUAAAAUCAUGAUCACUUCCUGGGAAAUUUCUUUGAAUUUCAAUAAAACAGAACAAGCUUCUUA